GUGAGCUCCCUCGCCAACGCGUACCACGAUCGCAUUCAAAUCUUUCUCCAUCUGUUUCAAGAAUUUUAUUCCAACCUCAAUUGAAUACCAAAAAAAAAUCUCGAUUUGCCACGACGGUGAAAGAAGCUGCGGCCAUCUUCCCCACCAACAAGCCGUCAGCAUCUGGGCCCGGAUCCAAGUCUCGGGGGACACCAGAGUAGCUCGUCGUUGCUCCGUGCAAACCUCAGCUCGGCUUCUUGAAUCUUAGGAGAACCCGAAAAAUCCCAAGAUGGCGUCUUCAAAUAAGCGCAUUGCCAAGGAACUAGCAGAGUGCACCGGCUCGCCGCCUCCGGGCAUCUCCAUCACGGUCCCAGACGAGUCGGACCUGCACACCUGGCACGUCAUCCUGGAGGGGCCCGAGAACACGGUGUACGCGGGCGGGCGCUUCGGGCUGGUGGUGUCGCUGCCGCCCGACUACCCGUUCCGGGCGCCGACCAUCACGUUCGCGACGCGCAUCUACCACCCCAACGUGACCAACGACAGCCUGGGCAACAUCUGCCUGGGCCCGCUCAAGCCCGAGAACUGGAAGCCGUCGACCCGGCUGGCCGGCGUGCUCGAGGCCGUCCGCCACCUCCUGGUCGAGCCCCAGCCGGACGACCCGCUCGAGGCCCGCAUCGCCGACGAGUACCGCGCCGACCGCGCCGAGUUCGACAAGAACGCGCGCACCUACGUCCAGCGCUAUGCGAAGGGCCCGGUCAAGUUCGAUAGCGCGACCCCGACCACCUCGGCCAAGCCGGCGGAAGAAAAGAAGGCCGGUUCCGGCGGGAGUUCAUAGAAUAAUAUAUUUCCCCGAGGAAAUGGGCCGGAGGGGAAGGGCGAGUUUCGCUCUUGGGUGGUGUGGCACACACCAGUUUGACUUGCUUGCUACAGCUGCCGCCGUCCGUAUGUCUCAGCUAUCAGGACCGCGGUAUUCCCCGUGUAGCGAUGCUAGCCGGGACAGGAGAGUAGUCGAGGAUCACGGCGAGGAUGCUUGGCGGGGUCCACCCGUCUGACCCAGCUCUCUCUCAGGCUCUCUCAAUGUGCACAAGAAGGCAUGGCUCCGUCAGGACUUUCUCAUAAAGGAUGCUGAGCAGAUCAAGGCGGCAAGAAGGCACAUAAGACGCAGGGAACCAAGUCCUCACUCACACCCGGACGUUGUGUGGGAG